AUGGCGGCCAACAACAACAGCAGCUCUUCUAGUGGGAAUGUCACGCCGGAUGAGAAGGAUCCUCAGCAAAUGGUGGAUUUGAGGAGGGAUUUGGAUAAGACAUUCAGCCAUCAAUCUCGACAAGCAGAAUACAGCAACAGCAAUAACAGCACUCCACUACAUUACACCAACUCUGCGGAACAGAAACGACAGCCGACCCAAGCGAGAAGCGGUGGAUCGAUGGCGGCGGCGAUGAAUGGCCUCAUGCCGGAUUAUCAUGGCGCUACAAUGGCACUGAAUGACACACCUGCGACGACUGCGCCAAGCAGCCCGCGAAUGUUGGGCAUGGGCAAGACCUCUGCGCCCAUUUCUGCGCCCAGCAGUAACGCUGGUAGCGACUCGGCGCAAGGAGGACCCACGAUCAAACUUCCCAUGCCGAUCCGACAAAAUUCGGGAACCUCAACGCCGCGGAUAAGACCCACGACGUUGGAUGUUCCAGGGCUGACGAAGAGCAAGGUAUCUCCAGAUGGAAGGAUCGCGCAAAGAGAUGUCGGCGCCAAGUUGGUGGUGGUCAUGGUUGGACUUCCCGCCAGAGGAAAGAGUUACAUCACCAAGAAGUUGGCCAGAUAUCUCAAUUGGUUGCAACAUGAUACCAAGAUCUUCAACGUUGGAGCAAGGCGGCGGACAGUAGCUGGAGGUCCAAACUCUCUAGAGAAGACUCGCAGUAAUACAGGACGCCGGACCUCGCAUAUGCCACCUCCAAAUGCGGAUCAAUCCUCCCAGCAGGAUGUGGCUCCCACGAAGGCUGGCCAGCCGCAAUCCGUCGCUCAAAUCAUGCUUAAUGGUGAGWCAAAGCUUUCCGCACCUGCCACGCCUGUGGUAUCCCGCCAUAAUUCUACUGUUGAAAGCGCCAACGAUCUUGAACGGACGCCGAGUUUGGCAACUAGAGUGUUGUCACACGACGCUCCUGAGAUUGUUGCAGAGCCAGAGGACGACGAGGCGGCCAUGCAGCAGGAUGCCAGCUUUUUCGACCCACAAAAUAAGAAGGCAUCUCAGAUCCGUGAGCAAGUCGCACAGGAAACGCUCGACGAGCUUCUCGACUACAUUCUUGAAGGACAGGGAUCUGUUGGCAUUCUCGAUGCCACAAACAGCACCGCAGAACGUCGCAAGAUGAUUAUGGAUCGUAUUCGAGCUCGUGCGGGACCGCAAUUGAAUGUGCUCUUCUUGGAGUCAUGCUGUCUUGACAACGAUCUUCUCGAAGCCAACAUGCGCUUGAAAUUGAACGGACCCGACUAUCGAGAUAUGGACCCAGCGAUUGCGUUGGAAGAUUUCAAGAAGCGAGUUCAUGAGUACGAGAAAGCAUACGUGCCUUUGGGAGAAUAUGAAGAAAAGCACAACAUGCCAUAUAUCCAGAUGAUCGAUGUCGGCCGAAAGGUCAUCAGCCAUCAGAUCAAAGGGUUUCUCAUGGCACAGGCAAACUAUUAUCUCCUCAACUUCAAUCUAGCGCCGCGUCAAAUAUGGAUCACUAGGCAUGGCCUGAGCUUGGAUAACGUCUCGGGCAAGAUCGGCGGCGACAGCGACCUAGCACCGGAAGGACUUCAAUACGCACAAUCUCUAACCCGCUUCAUGAAUGAGAAGAGGAGAGAAUGGGAUCUCAAGCAGAUCGAGAAUCUCCGCAAGACCCAUUUCCCACCCCAACCAGGCGACGCAACGCCACCCAACCCCCACUACACUCCUCAAUCACCGGGCUCUGUUGCAUCCCACGAUGCCGAUCUGUUCGCGGAAGGAGAGCAACUAGGCUACGAAUCGAAAUCCUUUUGCGUGUGGACAAGCAUGCUCAAGCGAAGCAUUCAAACGGCACAAUACUUUGACGACGACGACUACGACAGCAAGCAAAUGCGCAUGCUGGAUGAACUCAACGCAGGAGUCAUGGAAGGCCUUACAUAUUCCUGCAUCUCCACCCAAUACCCGGAUGAAUUCCGCAGCCGUAAAGCCGACAAACUCCACUAUCGCUACCCCGGACCCGGAGGGGAGGGAUAUCUCGACAUCAUCAAUCGCUUGAGACCCGUGAUUGUGGAGUUGGAGCGCAUGACGGAUCAUGUGCUGCUCGUCGGUCACCGUAGUGUGGCGAGGGUGCUGUUGGCUUACUUCCGGGGGUUGGGAAGGGAAGAGGUGGCGGAUUUGGAUGUUCCGUUGGGGAUGUUGUAUUGUUUGGAGCCCAAGCCGUAUGGAGUGGACUUUCAGGCUUAUCGGUGGGAUCGUAAUGAUCAGUGGUUCCAUCUUGUGCCGGGGUUCGAGUUGAAGAGGGAUGUGGAUGACAUGACUUGA